AUGCGCUUUGUGGUUACGGAACUAGGCAGUCUGAUCUAAUGAGAGGCGAUGAUUAGCCGUUAGCUUGUUGUCUCCAGAAGAAGAACUUACGAAGUUUUCUUCGUCUUUGUCUGCCUGUUAACCCUGUCCGCUCGAGGCGGUUCCGGUGCAGCUGAAUCUCGCUAAAUUCUGACUCGGUGUGGAGCUGCACCAUCAGGAUGUUCUGUCAGCACUACCUCUUGCUCCUGCUGUGUGUCGGAGUCUCUGCGGUUGAAGUGCAACGCCCCCGCGGUGUCCCUCUAACAAAACGGCAGUUCUAUGAAGAGGGCAAACCAUUUACUUGCCUGGAUGACUCCCGCACUAUUUCCUUUGACAGAGUGAAUGAUGACUACUGCGACUGCCAGGAUGGCUCAGAUGAGCCAGGCACUGCUGCUUGUCCCAACGGCAGCUUCCACUGCACCAAUGCAGGUUUCCGACCGGCCUUCAUCCCGUCCUCCCGCGUUAAUGAUGGAAUCUGUGACUGUUGUGACACAACAGAUGAGUACAACAGUGGUGCUGCCUGUCAGAACACCUGCAGGGAGUUGGGGCGCAAAGAGAGGGAGAGUCUGCAGAAGAUGGCAGAGAUUGCUAAAGAGGGAUUUAUGCUUAAAAAACAACUUAUCCAGGAGGCCAAGAGGAGCCUAGAGGAUAAGAAGGCCAAAGUGGUAGAUCAUCAGGUCAGCAAAAAGGAUCUGGAAGACAAGGUGGAGGCUCUGAGAACUGUAAAGGAGACUGCAGAGCAGCCAGAGAAAGAAGCUAAAGAGCGCCAUCUGAAGGCCUGGGAAGAUCAAAAAGCUCUCAUUCGCAUGGAGAAGGACAAGGCGAGACUGGCUGAGGUGUUUCUUGAACUGGAUGAUGAUGCAGAUGGCUUUGUCUCAGUGGCUGAGUUUGUGUCCCAUUCUGAGCUCGAUCCAGAUCCAGAUUCAGAUGGUUCAUUCACUGAAGCAGAGGCUCAGGGAUUAUUGGGAGGAGUGGACAAAGUGGACACAGUAGCAUUUGAGGCUGUUUGGAAUAACAUCAAAGAAAAAUAUAUAUCAGAGGCCACCGCAGACACCGCAGCACCAGUGGAGACUCCACAGGAGGAGUUGAGGGAGCCAGUCUCUGACAAUGACUCUGAGCAGUACCCUGAAGAUGACAUCCCGGAGGAUGGAGAAGAGGAUGAUGAAGAGGAUGAGGAUGAUGACCCAGAUGACGCAGACUACAAGACCCAUCACACGAUGCCAGCUCAAGAAAAGAAGGAUGAUGAUGAUGAUGAAGGGACUAUGCCACCCUAUGACCAAGAAACGCAGACCCUCAUUGAUGCUGCUCAGAAAGCCAGGGAUGAGUUUGAUGCGACUGAGAGAGCUCUCCGGGAAGUGGAUGAUCAAAUCAAGAACCUUGAGAAGGAAAUUUCCUUUGACUUUGGACCAGAUGCUGAAUUUGCCUAUCUCUACAACCAGUGUUAUGAGUUAACUACUAGCGAGUACAUCUACAGGCUCUGUCCUUUUAACAGAGUAUCCCAGAAACCCAAGUAUGGUGGAUCUGAAACUAACUUAGGGACAUGGGGAAAAUGGGCAGGUCCUGAGGAUAACAUCCAUUCUAUGAUGAAGUAUGAACAUGGAACUGGAUGCUGGCAAGGCCCUAACAGGUCCACCACAGUUAAGAUAACAUGUGGAACGGAGACAGUUGUGACAUCUACCUCAGAGCCCAGUCGCUGCGAGUACCUGAUGGAGUUCACCAGUCCUGCUAUCUGCCAGGAGCCCCGGAACCUGGAUCCAGAGCUUCAUGAGCACGUAGAGCUCUAGGUCCACUUGAUUUGUUGUUCCUGAGGGACCACACAGUCACUGCAGCAACAUGAAGUUGCCAUGCUGUGAGCGGCACCACCUUGGUGUCGGCUAACAAUCGCGAUGGAAAUUCUGAUUAGUUAUGUCGUCUACACUUCCAACGUCCAGUGCUACCUGUUGUGUUGAUUCCCUGAUUUGUGUCAAAUGUAGUGUUUUGAAAUAAAGUUCUUUUUAUCAUAUUCCAAA